ACUCCAGCGCUCGGUGACAUUGUGCGCACCAGCGCCACCGCGGCCUGGCGCGGUUCUGUGCUGGUCGGCGGAGUAGGCGGCCAUGGGGAGCCUCCGCGGCCUGCGCCUGGCGGCAGGAAGUUGUUUUAGGUUAUGUGAAAGAGAUGCUUCCUCAUCUCUAACGCUUACCAGAAACUCUGAUUUGAAGAGAAUAAAUGGAUUUUGCACCAAACCACAGGAAAGUUCCAGAGCUCCAUCUCACACCUACAGCCACAGAGUGCCUUUACACAAACCCACAGAUUGGGAGAAAAAGAUCCUGAUAUGGUCAGGUCGCUUCAAAAAGGAAGAUGAAAUCCCAGAGACUGUCACGUUUGAGAUGCUUGAUGCUGCAAAGAACAAGCUCCGGGUGAAGAUGAGCUAUGUAAUGAUUGCCCUGACAGUGGCAGGAUGCAUCCUGAUGAUUGUUGAGGGCAAGAAGGCUGCCAAAAGAAACGAGACUUUAACAAGCUUGAACUUAGAAAAGAAAGCUCGUCUGAGAGAGGAAGCAGCUAUGAAGGCCAAAACAGAGUAGCAGAGGUAUCUAUGUUGGCUGGAUUUUGAAAAUCGAGGAAUAAUGCUACAACAACAAGCCUGUAUUAAAAAGAAUUUGUUACGAGGAUCCAUUUCAUAAAAGUAUAGUUUGCACAAACUUAUACCAUUUCCCUAUUUCUGCUAUAUAGGUAUGAAUAAAUUUCCUUAAAGAAUGA